GUCAUCGACGACACCGAGAGCACUGUGUUACUGGGACUGCUCUACGAGGAGUUAUCCUGGGACAUCGGACUGCCGUCUGACGACAACGAAGACUGUCUACCGUGCCUCUUCCUUCAGUUCAUGGUUGUUGAAAACGGACUCAGGGUCUCCAAAAUUCUACAGGUAUUCUCAAAGCAAGCGAUAAUGAUGGACACCUUGAUCGAGCACUUCGCGGGCGAGUACCGCAAGCGGCUUGGACAGGACACGCCUAGCGACCACGCCAACUACGAUUAUCACUCAGAUUCUGGAAGCAUCUCUCUCCCGCCGCUCUCCCGGCCGGACUCACCUCAACGGCGACUAGCUAACAAACUAUCGCGGCUGGCGCUGGCCACGCACGACGGGCGCGGCAACCUGCUGGGCGGCGCCGGCGACUGGAACACCGACCUCAGCCACCCGCAGCCCUCCUGGCUGCUGCCCAAGCACUAGCCCGUGUGUCAUACGCCCCACGUACGACCCACGUUCACCCCGCAAUAUGGGACUGUAAUACGCCCCACAGUGAUGUGAAUAUACAAUUUAUUGCUACUCUUGCGACACUAUCCUUGAAACUGCAAUGGCGGAUGAAAGGUUGAAAAGUGAAGUGUUAAAAGAAUAAAGAAAAACCUCGUAGCCACCUGCAGCCUCCCAAGCACUAGCCUGCUGUGUCGCACGUCUCACGUACGACCUAUGUACGCCCCGUGAUGUGAAUAUACUGCGAAUUCAUCGACACUGCUAUUAUACUAUAAUGGCUGCAAUGUGGUUGAUGAAAGGUUGAAAAGUGAAGUGUUAAAAAAAUAAACAAAAGCCUCCUGGCCACCUGCAGCCCCCCGGCUGCUGACCAAGCACUAGCCAGUGUCGCACGCCCCACGUACGUCCCACAGUAUGGGACUGUCGUACGCCCCGCAGUGAUGUGAAAUACAAUAUACAACUGCGACUCCUUUGACACUGUCCUUCAGGCUGUAGCUGUUGCGCUCCAUGUGUCGCACGCACCACGUACGCCCCGAAGUAUGGGACUGUCGUACGCCCCGCAGUGAUGUGAAUAUACUAUAUACUGCUACUCCUGCGACUCUAUCCUCCUAGCUGCUGCCCAAGCAAUAGCCUCUUGUACGCCCCACGUACGCCCCGCAGUACGAAAGGCUUAAACUGAAGAAGUGUUAAAACAAAAACUCCCGACUUGGCACCAUCCGUAGUCCUCAACACUGCCCAAGCACAAGCUCGCGGGCUGUAAUAAGUUGAAUCUCAUUUGUGUCUGUGAAAGGGUUAAGAUGAAAAGUGACGUGUUAAAAA